GAUCCUUUCGUUUCGUGAAAGAACCGAACAAAGGAAGCAAAUCCUCGACCGGAGCGACUCGGUGGGUGUGACUCAGUCCGAGUGGAGUUUCAAUCUCAGCAACGAACGAUGAUAUCAUCGAUGGACAUGAAUUCGAUGGCUGCUUCGAUCGGCGUAUCGGUGGCCGUCCUCCGUUUCCUCCUCUGCUUCGUCGCCACGAUCCCCGUCUCCUUCUUCUGGCGAGUCGUCCCGAGUCGACUCGGCAAGCACCUCUACGCCGCCGCCUCGGGCGUUCUCCUCUCCUACCUCUCCUUCGGCUUCUCCUCCAAUCUCCACUUCCUCGUCCCGAUGACGAUCGGAUACGCCUCCAUGGCCAUGUAUCGACCAAAGUGUGGAAUCAUCACUUUCUUCCUCGGCUUCGCUUAUCUCAUCGCCUGUCAUGUGUUUUACAUGAGUGGUGAUGCGUGGAAAGAAGGAGGCAUUGACUCCACUGGAGCGUUGAUGGUGUUAACGCUGAAAGUCAUCUCCUGUGCCAUUAACUACAAUGAUGGGAUGUUGAAGGAAGAAGGAAGUCUACGUGAAGCUCAGAAGAAGAACAGACUGAUUCAGAUGCCGUCUUUGAUCGAGUACUUUGGUUACUGUCUCUGUUGCGGUAGUCAUUUCGCUGGUCCUGUUUACGAAAUGAAAGAUUAUCUCCAAUGGACUGAGGGAAAAGGAAUUUGGGAUACUUCCGAGAAAAGAAAGCAGCCGUCACCUUAUUUAGCUACACUCCGAGCUAUCUUCCAAGCUGGGAUCUGCAUGGCUCUGUAUCUCUAUCUAGUACCUCAGUUCCCGUUGACUCGGUUCACUGAACCAGUGUACCAAGAAUGGGGUUUUUUUAAGAAGUUUGGUUACCAGUACAUGGCGGGACAAACGGCUCGCUGGAAGUAUUACUUCAUCUGGUCCAUCUCAGAGGCUUCUAUCAUCAUCUCUGGUUUGGGUUUCAGUGGCUGGACUGAUGAUGAUGCUUCGCCGAAACCCAAAUGGGACCGUGCCAAGAACGUUGACAUCCUCGGUGUUGAGCUUGCUAAGAGCGCUGUUCAGAUUCCCCUUGUGUGGAACAUACAAGUCAGCACCUGGCUCCGUCACUACGUGUAUGAGAGACUUGUCAGGAGUGGGAAGAAGGCAGGUUUCUUCCAGUUACUAGCUACACAAACCGUUAGUGCGGUUUGGCAUGGACUGUAUCCUGGUUACAUGAUGUUCUUUGUUCAGUCAGCUUUGAUGAUCGCUGGCUCAAGAGUUAUUUACCGAUGGCAACAAGCUAUCAGUCCGAAACUAGCAAUGCUGAGAAGUAUCAUGGUGUUCAUCAACUUUCUUUACACUGUUUUGGUUCUCAACUACUCAGCCGUCGGUUUCAUGGUUUUAAGCUUGCACGAAACGCUCACUGCAUACGGGAGCGUAUAUUACAUUGGAACAAUCAUACCUGUUGCGUUGAUUCUGCUCAGUUACGUUGUUCCUGCGAAACCCUCUCGACCAAAGCCACGUAAAGAAGAAUAAAUUGUUUCUCUUCUUAUCUGUAACAUUGAAAACAAACCGAUCCGGUUCUUGUUUCUCUCUGGGCUUUUGAUACAUAUUUUUAUUCGUUUUAUUUUUCAUGUAUUUGUGAUGCUUAUAAAAUCUGGUUUUUAAUA